CCCACUACAUAUGAAUACCCCUGAUUCUCAUUUCUCUGCGCCUCAACUAAAAUUAGGGUUUAGAGUGAGUCCAGUAUCUCAGAUCUCGCGCCUCUUCUCUCUCCACCUUCCUUCUCAUUCGCGACAAUGGCAACCCAAAUCAGCAAGAAGCGAAAGUUUGUCGCUGACGGCGUCUUCUUCGCUGAAUUGAACGAGGUUCUGACACGAGAGCUCGCUGAGGAUGGAUACUCUGGUGUGGAGGUUAGGGUUACCCCGAUGAAAACCGAGAUCAUCAUCAGAGCCACUCGAACUCAAGCCGUUCUCGGUGAGAAGGGAAGGAGGAUUAGGGAGCUUACCUCUGUGGUGCAGAAGAGGUUUAAGUUUCCUGAGAACAGUGUUGAGCUCUAUGCUGAGAAGGUUAAUAACAGGGGGCUUUGUGCUAUUGCCCAGGCUGAGUCUCUUCGCUACAAGCUUCUUGGUGGCCUUGCUGUACGGAGGGCUUGCUAUGGUGUUCUGAGAUUUGUUAUGGAGAGUGGCGCGAAGGGAUGUGAGGUCAUAGUCAGUGGAAAGUUGAGAGCCCAGAGAGCUAAAUCCAUGAAGUUCAAGGAUGGAUACAUGAUUUCUUCUGGGCAGCCAGUCAAGGAUUACAUUGACUCUGCAGUGAGACACGUGCUACUCAGACAGGGUGUACUUGGUAUUAAGGUGAAGAUCAUGCUUGACUGGGAUCCUAAAGGGAAACAGGGUCCUAAAACUCCACUUCCUGAUAUUGUCACAAUCCACACUCCAAAAGAGGAGGACGAAUACAUCCGACCUGCUGCUGUUUCGGCGGAGGAAGUUGAGGUCCCAGUCGCAGUUGCUUAAAAGGUUUUUAUUUCUCCGGAGUAGUAAUUCACAGUAGCUGAGUGGCUGGAUUUUGUUUAUGCUAUGUUUCAAAACCUCAUCAAAAUUUUGUAGUUUCUCAACUGUUGUAAAAGUCGUUAUACUUGGGGUUGGUUACAAGGAUUGCAUUGAUUGUUUUUUUUUCAUUACCUUAAGCAGUUAGAAUUUUCAGUGCGUUUCAUGGCGUUGAUUUGUGAAAUUCGUUCCUUGAUGUGUUUGGAUACUAGUUCAGUGAACGCAAAUAUAAUUUAAUAUGAUUCUAUCAGAGACUUGUUCA